CGAAGCUCGCUGCGCGCGGCUCCGGAAGGGCCUACAGGACGCGGGGAGUUUGGAUUGCGGUUCAGCCCGGCUGGGAACGAUUCUGCGUGAGGAUCAUGGCUGCUGUUCCUCUGAAUAAUCUACAAGAGCAACUGGAGCGUCACUCAGCCAGAAAAUUUAAUAAUAAAUUCAGCCUUUCAAAACCAAAAUCUUCAGGUUUUACUUUUAAAAAGAAGACUUCAGAAGGUGACAUAUCUAUAACUAGUAUGCCUGUGGUAAAAACACCAGUGUUAAGUGAUAAAGACGUGAAUGUUUCUGGGGCCUUUUCAUUCACUGAGCCUCUGUACCAAACACCAAAUCAGCAGACAAUGACUGGUGACUUCUUCAAAAAUGCUCUUGCAGGACAGCAAACCAGGGAUACCUGUUCAGACCUGUCGCUGCCGGACCUAUUGCAGAUUCCUCAGGAGGUUUUAUGUACUACCCCAAACACCCCAACUGUAAACAAACCAUACACUGCUGCUUUCAAAAAAUUAGAAUUUAAUUCUUCACCAGAUUCUUCCCUCAAUGAAUGGGCUGAUAUGGAUGACUUUGACAUUUUGUCUUCAAAAGCAUUUGUUACACCGUCCAGAAAUGACUUUGUAAGAGUAAGCACUGCUCAGAAAUCAAAAAAGACUAAGAGGAACUUUUUUAAACCACCGCCUCAUAAAGCAAAUACAGUAAAGGCUGAUUUGACCCUUUCCUCCCCUGAAAGCCAACAAGUGGACUUAACUAAGGAAAAGAAGGAGGAAUUGGAAUGCUUAAGCAGUGAUGUGAUUUGCAUUGAUGAUGACCCUGAUUCCAAAGAGUUCAUAAAGAAAGCUACUCUGGAAAGUCAGCCUUUGAAAACUUGUUUGGGAGAUGAAAGAGAUAACACUGAAAAGAACCUUGCAGAAGUUGAAUUACAUUCAGCUGGGAAAAUUCCAUACAUUCAACAUGACUAUGAUUAUUAUGACGUAGAUUUUGUUCCACCUUCUCCAGAAGAAGAAAUUUCUACUGCUUCUUCCUCUUUGAACUGCACUAGUAUGCUAAAGGAUCUUGAUGACUCGGACAAAGAGAAAAACAUUCUUAGCACAUCAAAUGAGCUUUCAUCAAAACCAGAGAAAAUAAUUCCACUGGAGCGGGGUCCAGAAGCCAGUAGAGACUACAAAGCCAGAGAGAUAAGUGUACAGCAGCAGCUUAUUCACGUGAUGGAACACAUCUGUAAAUUAGUUGAUACUAUUCCUGAUGAUGAACUGAAAGCUUUGAAUUGUGGGAAUGAGCUGCUUCAACAACGAAACAUAAGAAGGAAACUCCUAGCUGAAGCAGAUUUUAAUAGAAAUGAUAUCAGUCUUCUGAGUUCAGUGUGGACACACGGGCCUGAUUCACUCGGUAACACUAUGGAGGGUGAUUCCUGCCCUGUAGGGAAUCCUACUAAAGAGUUAAAUUUUCCAUACCUUCUCUCAGAUUCUCUUUCCACUGGGGAAUGUUUACUGACCACCACUCCAGGAAAGACAGGAUUCUCAGCUACCAUGAAGAAUCUCUUUGAAAGGCCGUUAUUGAAUUCCCAUUUACAGAAGUCCUUUGUAAGUAGCAAUUGGGCUGAAACACCAAGGACAGAAAAAAGAAACGAAAGCUCUUAUUUCCCAGGAAAUGUUCUCACAAGCACUGCUGUGAAAGAUCCGAAUAAACACACUGAUUCAGAAAAUAACUCGGAAAGAGAAAUCCAGGCUUCCUACAACAUUGAUAAUUUUAAUAUAGAUGACUUUGAUGAUGAUGAUGAUGACUGGGAAAAUAUAAUGCAUAAUUUAGCAGCUAAUAAACCUUCCACAGCUGCCUACCCACCUAUCAAGGAAGGUGGGCCAGUUAAAUCAGUAUCAGAGAGGAUUUCUUCAGCCAAGACAAACUCUCUUCCAGUGGCAUCUACUGCUCAAAAUAAAAACUUCUCAGAGUCAAUUUAUAAUUACACUGAUAAAUUGGCGCAAAAUUUAUCAUCCAAAAAUAAAAAACAUGAGCACUUUCAGAGUCUUAAUUUUCCUCAUACAAAAGAAAUGAUGAAGAUUUUUCAUAAGAAAUUUGGCUUGCAUAAUUUUAGAACUAAUCAGCUAGAGGCGAUCAAUGCUGCGCUGCUUGGUGAAGACUGUUUUAUCCUAAUGCCCACUGGAGGUGGUAAAAGUUUGUGUUACCAGCUACCUGCUUGUGUUUCCCCUGGGGUCACUAUUGUCAUUUCUCCCUUGAGAUCACUAAUAGUAGAUCAAGUCCAAAAGCUAACUUCUUUUGAUAUUCCAGCUACGUAUCUUACUGGUGAUAAGACUGACUCAGAAGCUGCAAAUAUUUACCUCCAGCUAUCCAAAAAAGACCCAAUUAUCAAACUUUUAUAUGUUACUCCAGAGAAGGUCUGUGCUAGUAACCGGCUGAUUUCCACUCUGGAGAAUCUGUAUGAGAGGAAGCUUUUGGCACGUUUUGUCAUUGAUGAAGCGCAUUGUGUGAGUCAGUGGGGACAUGAUUUUCGUCAAGAUUACAAAAGAAUGAAUAUGCUUCGCCAGAAGUUUCCUUCUGUUCCAGUGAUGGCCCUCACCGCCACAGCAAAUCCCAGGGUCCAGAAGGACAUCCUCACUCAGCUGAAGAUUCUCAGACCUCAAGUGUUUAGCAUGAGCUUUAACAGACAUAACCUGAAAUAUUAUGUGUUACCAAAAAAGCCUAAAAAAGUGGCAUUUGAUUGCUUAGAAUGGAUCAGAAAGCAUCACCCAUAUGACUCAGGGAUAAUUUACUGCCUCUCAAGGCGGGAAUGUGACACAAUGGCUGACACCUUACAGAAAGAUGGUCUUGCUGCUCUGGCUUACCAUGCUGGCCUCAGUGAUUCUGCCAGAGAUGCAGUGCAGCACAAGUGGAUCAAUCAAGACGGCUGCCAGGUUAUUUGUGCAACAAUUGCAUUUGGAAUGGGAAUUGACAAACCUGAUGUGAGAUUUGUGAUUCAUGCAUCUCUACCUAAAUCUGUGGAGGGUUACUACCAAGAAUCUGGAAGAGCUGGAAGGGAUGGGGAAAUAUCCCACUGUGUGCUGUUCUAUGCCUAUCAUGAUGUGACCAGACUGAAGAGACUUAUAAUGACGGAAAAAGAUGGAAAUUAUCAUACAAAAGAGACUCACUUCAAUAAUUUGUAUAGCAUGGUACAUUACUGUGAAAAUAUAACAGAAUGCAGAAGAAUACAGCUUUUGGCUUACUUUGGGGAAAAUGGAUUUGACCCUGAUUUUUGUAAGAAAUACCCAGAUGUUUCUUGUGACAAUUGCUGUAAAACAAAGGAUUAUAAAACAAGAGAUGUGACUGAUGAUGUGAAAAAUAUUGUAAGAUUUGUUCAAGAACACAGUUUAUCACCAGGGACAAGAAAUAUAAGUCCUUCUGGAAGAUUCACUAUGAAUAUGCUUGUUGACAUUUUCUUGGGGAGUAAAAGUGCAAAGAUUCAGUCGGGUAUAUUUGGAAAGGGAUCUGCUUAUUCACGACACAAUGCUGAAAGACUUUUUAAAAAGCUGAUAUUAGAGAAGAUUUUAGAUGAAGACUUAUAUAUCAAUGCCAAUGACCAAGCAAUCGCAUAUGUGAUGCUAGGAGCUAAAGCCCAAACCGUGCUAAAUGGGCAUUUAAAGGUGGACUUCAUGGAAACAGAAAACUCCAGCAGUAUGAAAAAACAGAAAACUUUAGUGGCCAAAGUCUCUCAGAGGGAAGAGGUGGUUAAGAAAUGUCUUGGAGAGCUUACAGAGGUCUGCAAAUCACUGGGGAAAGUCUUUGGUGUGCAUUACUUCAAUAUCUUUAAUACAGCCACACUCAAGAAGCUUGCAGAAUCUUUAUCUUCUGAUCCUGAGGUUUUGCUUCAGAUUGAUGGUGUUACUGAAGACAAGCUGGAAAAAUACGGUGCAGAAAUGCUUCCAGUAUUGCAGAGAUACUCAGAGUGGACAUUGCCAGCUGAGGACAAUUCCCCUGGCAUAAACCUAGCAGGCAGCAGAGGCACUGGAAGGAGCAUGCCGGACGAGCUUGAUGAGGGUGCCCCUGUGUCCUCUCACUACUUUGCAAAACAAUCCAGAAAUGAAAGAAAGAGAAGGAAAAUGCCUGUUUCCCAGAGGCCUAAGAGGAGAAGAACUAGUUACGGUGGCUUCAAGGCAAAGGGGGGGUCUACCACGUGCACAAAAAUGUCUUCUAAAAGUAAAUCCUCUGGUGUAAUUGGAUCCAGCUCAGCCUCACAUGGUUCUCAAGCAACAUCGGGAGCCAGUAGAAAAUUGGGGAUUAUGGCUCCACCAAAGCCUAUAAAUAGAGCGUUCCUCAGGCCGGCGUAUGCGUUUUCCUAACAGUCCUCUCAGUGUACAUAGAUCUUCUUGUUUGUCACCAUCUGACCAUCUGUGACUAUAAAGCUGUUAAUCUUGUUACACCAUUUGAGAUUUUUACUCCUAUCUAUUAAUAUUUAAAUGUGUGCUUGGAUUGAUAGUUCUUAUUUUUAAAUAAACACUUUCAUUUGAGUAGCAUGUUUUGCUGCCAUUGCAUGUGCGGUGGCCAUUGUUUCUGGCACAUCGGAAGCAGCGCUGAAACAUCUACUCCAGAGUGUAAUAUGAAACCCUGAAGCCAGAAGAAAAGGAACACAGGCCACUGUGAACCUGCAGAGCUCUUACAAGAGGCAGCCUCAACAAAAGCAAAAGACAAAUGACAAAAAAUAGAAGAGAAGAUAUUAUAUAACAGUCUUCAUACUAUACAAAGAAUACUUAUAAAUCAUUAAGAAAAAGCACAGGAGACAACAGAAAAAAGGCUGCGUGGAUAGGCUUAUCUCAGAGGCUGUCAGAUCCCCUGGAACUGGAGUUAACAGACCGUUGUUAGAUGCCAUGUGGGUGCUGAGAUUCAAAUCCGGGUCUUCUGCAAGAACAGCCAGUGUUCUUAACUGCUGAGCCAUCUCUCCAGCUCCCAGAGGUGCCAUUCUUUUGCCUGUUGAAUUGUCCAUCAAGCUGGAGAUGCUGUCAUAAAGCUAAUGAUCCCACUGACUCCACUGGCCCAGGAGUUCAGGGUCAGCCUGGGAAACAGAGGCAUGAUCUUUUUC